UUAGAAACUAAAUCUUACGAAACAUAAAUACUAAAUAUUUAAAAACAAAUAAAGUGGUCAAAGUGGGCAAUCAUUUGAAAACAGAUGCCAGAUUUAUCGAAACCCUAGCUGGUCCUCUUAGGCUCUUUACUUCCCUAAUCCUUUUUGCCUUCGAAGAUCGCACAUGGACUCUAGCUUAAAUUAAGCUAUGGAGCCGGCCCUUUUCGCGAAUCGCGACUCGUUGUCUAGAACAAUCCAUUGACCGAAUUAGGCAAGGCGCAAGAUUGGAUUCACAUCGAUCGAAUUCGAUGGCGAGGUCGUCGAGUGCUACUCCAAUCCGAAGGUUCAUCCGAUUGCUGAUGGACGACUGUGACGGCGGCUACACGCUGCGCAAGAUCGACACGGCGCCGUUCUUCGCGGCGGGCGUGUGCCCCCAGAUGUCGGCGGCGUCGCCGGAGGCGAUGGACCCCGCUCCACUGCCGUUCCCGGUGGCGCGCUUCGAAUGCGCGCCCCUCCACAACGACAGCAUCUAGUUCUUCCCCUUCUGCCGCGGCGUCGACAAAAUCGUCGGCGUCAACAAGCACCGCCACACCAUCAUCUGCGACACCCGCACGACGGCCGUGCGCGCCGGGUCCGACAUGCGCAACGACACGAGAUUUGGGACCGCCUGGGCUGAGGCCGGUGGCAGGCUCUACCUCCUCGGAUGCUCCAGCGCCUUCAGCCCGCUGAGCUUCGGUUUCGAAGCUCUGAGCUACGACCGCCGCCGCGAUGACUGGAUCUGGAGCCCCCUCACCUUGCCGCCGUUCGAUGACCAGACCGGCCGGAUAGUCUCGUUCGCCGAUGCCGCCGACGGGGCCUCGAGCGGCGAGAUUAUCAGGGUGUCCACGCGGCGCGACGGCACGUACGCCUUCGACACGGCGCGCGGCUCGUGGCGCAGGGAAGGCGACUGGGCGUUGCCCUUCUACGGCCACGCGCAGUACGUCGCCGACUACGGCCUGUGGUUCGGGUUCUCGGACCAAGGGGCGUUCGAUCUGUGCGCGGCCGACCUCACCUGCGCCACCGCCGGCGCCAGGCCGCCGUACCGGCACGUCUGGGCGGACGUCGACGGCCUCAGGAAUCACGUCAGCGAAUGGCUUCCGGGUCCUGACUACCUCUCCUAUCUGGGCUGUGGAAGGUUCUGCGUCACCAGGUUCUUAACGAACGCUAGUUCCUUCUGCCACAUCGCCGUCGUUACGGCGGUGGAGGCGACGCUCGCCGCCGGGGGCGAGGAGAUGCGCUUGGUCAGGAGGGCGUCCAGGUGCUACCACUUCAGCAUGCCCGCUUCACUCGGCUGGGCAUUUUGAUGCAUGACUAUCCAUCUGUGAUUAACAGAAUUCUUAAUAUUUAUUACAAUUGUAGUGGACCAUUAAGAAUUCCACUACAAUUGUAGUAUUAAGAACUCUGUAUGCAGCCAAAAAACAAACAGCUUUGGCAUUUUGCUGCACACUCUAUACUUAGUGGCAUACUAGUUGGAUCGAAAUAAAUCAUCGAUUGUUGCCGAGGCCUGCCUUUUUUAAACUGUCUAGCGUGGG